AUGGCUGCUCCCGUGAAGGUAUUUCAGCACACGGGGCUCGGGCCGGGGCACAACGGGGCACCGGGGAACCGGGCACAGGCGGGCGAGCAGCCGCGGGACACGGCGGAGCGGGCGGGCACCGGCGGCAGCGGGGCCGGGGCCACCGGCGGCCAGGGCGGGAUCCCGGAGCCCCGGCUGGGAGGUACCGGCGGGGCUCGGCCCACGCGUGGAGCGGAGCGUGCCGAGGAUGGCGGGCGGCAGCACCGGGGCCGCGAUGGGGAACGAGCCGGGAAUUUGGCACCGCUGGCACCGCGGCCCCGCUGGCCGCGCUCGGCCGGAGCCGCGGGGACGCGGCAGCUCGGUGAGGGAAGCACGGACGAGGCGCGACCCGGCACGGCCCCGGUGGCGGCGCGGCCGCCCUUCAGCACCACGGAGAGCGGCGGGGCCGGUGCCCCGUUCCCGGUGCCCGGUGGCCGCGGGACGAGGCUCCGCUCGCUCCCCGCGAUGCUGCGGCCGCCGCUGGAAGCUUGGGGGGCUCCGGCCAAGAGCUGCCCGGCCCUGGGGGUGCCCGGUGCUGGGCAGAGAGCCCCGGUGAUCACGGAGAGCGCCCGGUGCUGGCGGCACCGGGAGCGGGAGCCGGGCCCCGCCGCCCAGCCCAAGCGGCCGCUCCCGGUGUGCACGGCCGGGGCACAGCGGGCACAGCCCCGGCCUCCCGUGGGUUUCGUUUUCCGCCGUUUCACGGGGGCUCGGGGCCGUGAGGCGGCCCCGGGAGGGCUGCGGGGCCCGGGCCUGGCCGGGGGACCGGGGACGUGCCGAGCCUGGGGACAGCCGGGGGCACAUUCGGGGCCCCGCGUGGCUGUGGGUGCGUGUGCGGGGACGCGCGGGCACCCGGGCGAGUGUGACCAUCGGUGUGAGCGAGGCACCGGGGAGAGACGAGCGCUGCGUGCGCUCCGGUGUGCCCGGGCACCUCGGCGUGCUCCGUGCCCGCGGGGGUCGCGGCCGUGCCCCCGGUGGGUGCCGGGGAAAGGCCCCGGUGCCCCCGCCCCGGCCGGCGCUGCCCCGGGAGAGCGGAGCGCGGCCCCCGCACCGGGCAGCGCCGGCGGGACCGGCCCCGGGCGGCCGCACGGGGGGGACGUGGAGCCGGAGCUGGGCCCCGCGCCCCGGGCCUGCCCCGCCGCCCUCCGAGCCGCGGCCGCGCUUUCUCCCGGCCCAGGGAGGCUUCUCCGGGCCCGUCGCAUCCUCCAAAUUUCCCUCUGCGAGCGGCUCCCGGAGCGCAGCCCCGAGGGGAGGGACGGGCCCCGCCGCCCCGCACCCCGGGGCCGCUGCUCCUCCCCGGGCACGGGCAUUGAGCCCAGCCCGGCCCCCGGCAGCGCCCGGCCCGAGCGGGGUUACCCCCGGGGCGCCGCCGCCUCCCCGACGGGGCGGGCCGGCUGCGGCGGCGGCGGGGCCCGGCCCGAGCAGACGGAGCGGCCCCCGGGGACGGCGGCGGCCGUGGCGAAUGGCGCGGCCCCGCCCGGGGGGUGA